ACGAAGGUAGCAACGCAUCCAAACGCCACUCUGCGCCCACAGACUGCUGUGAAGAAAUGAGGCGGUCACACAGGCACUCAGCAGCGCUCGUAUAGACGGCCCUUUCCUCGCGGGGCCCCCGGGGUUUGACUCGCCUGUCUGGAGAGCCGGGGCUGAUGAGUGAACCGCACGCAGCCACAGACUCAUAGGGGCAGACCGGAGAGGAGGUAGUACCCGCUGCGGCGUGCCAAGGUGGAUUUGGAGGUGUGGAGGCGAGCUGAAGACCAUGGGCAAAUCAAACAGCAAGCUCAAGCCAGAGGUGGUGGAGGAGCUGACGAGGAAGACCUACUUUACGGAGAAAGAGGUGCAGCAGUGGUACAAAGGCUUCAUUAAAGAUUGUCCGAGUGGGCAGCUGGACGCGGUGGGCUUUCAGAAGAUAUACAAGCAGUUCUUCCCUUUCGGAGAUCCCACCAAGUUUGCCUCCUUUGUCUUCAACGUGUUUGAUGAGAACAAGGAUGGACGCAUCGAGUUCUCCGAGUUCAUCCAGGCCUUGUCUGUGACUUCUCGGGGGACUCUGGAUGAGAAGUUGAGAUGGGCUUUUAAAUUAUACGACCUUGAUAAUGACGGCUACAUCACUCGAGAUGAGAUGCUGAACAUUGUGGACGCCAUUUAUCAGAUGGUGGGGAACACUGUGGAGCUGCCGGAAGAAGAAAACACGCCAGAGAAGCGAGUGGAUCGGAUUUUUGCAAUGAUGGACAAGAAUGCUGACGGGAAGCUGACUCUGCAGGAGUUUCAGGAGGGUUCAAAGGCAGACCCCUCUAUUGUUCAGGCGCUGUCUCUCUAUGAUGGACUUGUGUAGGAAUGUAAGAUGGAUCCCGCUCAGCAUCCUCCCGAGUGUUACACGCCAACCCAGCACCAUCACACCUGUAACGGGAGGAAGCCACAUUUAACCCGCUCACCCAGAAGUGGACUGCAAACCUUCGUCACACGGCUGUACGGCAUCUGUGUCAAGUAGCUGUUCGUCUACAUUUCCAGUAAGGAUCGUGAACAAGUAUAUCCUCUGAUGUGACGGAGAAUUCAGACACGUCAAACCCUCAGUCAUUUAUCCGUGCUUCUGCAGCUGUGUGGCACCGCGUACACACUUCAGUGUUGUGGACUGUGUACGAGCAUCCCUGCAGUGUUGUGAUUCCCCCCACGGACUGUCCAAGGAACUGAACUCCCUCUGAGAUGUUAGUGUGCGUCUUGUUCACGUACCGUGAAGCAGAGGAAGCGCGAGAGCCGCCCAGAGGAACUGCGCUGCUGCUUCAUCACCACGCGGAGAAUCUGGAAAAAUGUGUUAUAUGGUGAUAACAUGAACACUAACUUCAAGUUACAGAGCAGUAGAGUGUAUAUUGUACAAUGUAAAUAUACUGUUAAUUUAUUUUCUGCUUUGCUGCGUUUUAUGGGAAUUUUACUCAUAAGUAUGGAAUGAAGUUUUAUUUUUUAUCAAAGGUGUUGAAAUGUAUUGCACUGUAUUUUUCAUUAGUAUUGUGGGAUUGAUCUAGUUUCUCGCACUCUGAAGUUUCCUUUUCCUGAGAGAACGGUUUUUAUUUGAAGGAGAGUGUUGGAGGAGCGGAGAGUUUUCUAUGGAUUACUUUACUACGUUUGCAGUCUGUGCAUCCCUUUGUGUUUUCACUUCCCCAGUAGCACGAGCGUUUAGUGUCUGCAGUGUUGCACAGCCACAUCCUGAACGACGUGCACCGAGCAACACGGCGCAUUCUCACAGCUUGCAUCUGAAUUGAGGCUCAUUAUGUGUUUUGAGGGCAUCAUACUCCACCCUCAGCGCACACAAAGCCCCGGUCAUUGAGAGGCACAAACAGACAUCAAUGCUGGUUGUAAAGCUUUUGCGAGCUCUGUGGUUGCAGUCGUCUGCUUCGUAUUUGUCCUGUGCAAGGCCAGAGCAUGUGAUGAUGCCUUUCUCUCAUUCUUGGACUGUUUCAGUUACAGCAUUAAGAUGUUUUUUUUUCAGCUUCACUGACG